AUGAUGUCGUCGUUCCCAGGCAUGCGGCCGGGAUCAAGCAGCGCGUACGAUGUGCCGCAGAUGCCUCCUAUCGCGGAGGUCGAGGAUACAACUCCUGCUCCGGCGGUGCCCUCAAUUGCGGAGAGCGACGAUACGGCUCCGCCUGUGCCCCUGAAGUCGCCGGCGAGACGGUCAAUGCUAAAUGGCCCCGGCAUGAAUGCUUACAACCAUCCGUACCGGGGAGAAGCCCCGCCGGCUUACAGCAGCUUCAGCAUCCCGUCGAGCAGUAGCAGUGACAUACCGCCCGAUCAACCGCCGCCCAAGGACAGACGGCCGACUUGGCUCGUACGGAGAGGUGGCUGGUGCAAAGUAGGACUGCUCGCCCUCGUCACGGUGAUGUGUCUGGUAGGCAUCAUAGUGGGCGUCGUGCUCGGGGUGCGGAAUUCCAAAAACAACUCAAACAACAACUCCAACACAUCCCAAGGACCGCUCCCAGUCCGCUUCCCCGCCGGCUCCUACGCCUUCACAGCCGCGCUCUCCAACACCAGCACGGCCUGCACCUCCAACCCUGCCACCUUCCGCUGCUACCCGUACACAACCUACAACAGCACCUCAUCCUUCGCCGACGCAUCCACAACCUUCUUCUGGACCAUCGUCGAGACCGCCCAGGAUGUCUACACCAUCUCCUCGACCGCGAACCCGUUCGCCCCGCAGUUCACCAACGUCUCGCUCGCGCUUCUAGACGGCGGCCUCAGCUCCGAGCGCCUGUCGUUCACGACGCCGCUGGGCGACGCGGCCGUCGUGCCGACUGGCCCGAUUGUCGAGGGCAGUAAUGAGGUGACUACUUGCUAUUACAAUGAUACGGUGCUGAGCACGAUGAUCUGGACGCGAAGAGGGGCGCAGUUUGGGGGGUAUGCUACGACGACGGGUGGGAAUAGGGGUGGUGAUGGUAGUAAAAACUUUGAUGCUUGGCCAUACGCGGUCCAGGUUGCGCGCACGGCAGCGCCGGGGAGCGGUGUGCCGGAUUGUCGGAAUGCGGAUGGGGAGCGCGUGGGUGAUUUUGCGGUCGUGGAUGGAGGUGGGGAAUGUGGGUGCUGGUAUGCGAAUUUUGGGCUGGAGUCAUGA